AUGGAUGCCUCUCAUCUGCACCCAAAGCACAAAAAACCCGCUAAUGAAAGUCAUUCUCCUUUGGCUUCAAAGCAAGAUUCAGUUCUGCCAACCGAGCUCAUCACUGACAUCCUCUCAAGACUACCAGUAAAACUCCUUUUACAAUUUAAGUGUGUUUCAAAAUCAUGGCUUGAUUUAAUCUCUAGCCCUGAAUUUAUCAAGGCUCAUCUCAAUAUAUCUGCUAAUGAUAAAGGCUAUACCUACCAUAAGGUUGUUUUGAAAGUAGAUCAACCCGAUCUUAAGAACUGUUCCCUUGCUUCUUUACUUGAUGACUCUGUUAUUGAGGCAUUUGACUUGGAUUAUCUUAUGAAAAAUCCCCAUAGAGCAAUUUGGAUUAAGUUCAAGAAGUUGACUGAGCCUAGACCUGGUAACUAUAUCAUGUAUGGUUUUGAAUAUGAUGAGCUUCAUGAUGAUUAUAACGUAAUGGAUAUUUUCAAUAAUAUAAGUCAUAACAAAUUACAAUGUGUUAAGGUCAAAAUAUAUAGUCUAAAAAGUGAUUCUUGGAGAAGUAUAUAUGAAUGUUGGAGUGGGGAUCUACCCACUACGUGGGGUACUCUUGUGAAUGAAAAGCUUCAUUGGACUCUUGUGGAUGAAGAGCUUCAUUGGACUACUGAUGUGUGGGUUAUGAAGGAGUAUGGGGUUAAAAAAUCUUGGACGAAGAUGUUUACUGUCAAUUUUCCUGAUAAUCCUGUGGGGUAUCUAUUUCGUCCUCCCUUUUGUAUGUCAAAUAAAGGUGAAAUUUUGUUUAUGUUUGAAUCAUCAUUCCUAGUUUACAAUCCAAAUGAUGACCCAAUCAGAAAUUCGAAGAUUACCAACUAUGAUGCCUUUUAUCAGGCAAAAAUCUAUAUUGAAAGCCUAGUUUGGCCUUUUUUGCAGAAAGAACUAACGAUACAACAACAAUGA